UGGGGUUUUUGUGAAAGAGUACAUUCCAAAGGGAUUGCAACUUUUGGAGUACAUGGGGAAGUUGAGAAGCUGCAGUCCUAGUGAUGGUGAGGAGGAUGAGACUUACAAGUAUUAUUUUCAUAACAACGGGAAAAAAAUGUAUAUUGAUGCAACUAACACCAAAGGUCUUGGCAGGAUGGUUAAUGACUCGGCUAAACCAAACUGUAAGGUAAAAAAGAUCAUGACUGACAAGCCACGGUUGUGGCUGUAUUCCAUAAAAGACAUACACCCAGGAGAGCAGCUUACCUUUGACUAUGGUGUAAAAGAUGCUCCAUGGAGAAAGCGAAAGACAGUGACUCUGCCCCCAAAGUAGAUGUAGGUCAUGAUGACAGUGAUGAUGGUGACGAUGAUUACGACCAAGAUGACAGAGAGGAUGACUUUGGAGUACGUAAGAAGAAACUAAAGAUGGCUUCUACAAGUACGUCAAAACCAACAGUAAAACCCAAACUGGCAGCAGCAAAAACAGAAGGAAUGGCAACAAAUACCAUUACUACAAAGCCAACAGACAGUGACUCUGCCCCCAAAGUAGAUGUAGGUCAUGAUGACAGUGAUGAUGGUGACGAUGAUUACGACCAAGAUGACAGAGAGGAUGACUUUGGAGUACGUAAGAAGAAACUAAAGAUGGCUUCUUCAAGUACGUCAAAACCAACAGUUAAACCAAAACUGGCAGCAGCAAAAACAGAAGGAAUGGCAACAAAUACCAUUACUACAAAGCCAACAGACAGUGACUCUGCCCCCAAAGUAGAUGUAGGUCAUGAUGACAGUGAUGAUGGUGACGAUGAUUACGACCAAGAUGACAGAGAGGAUGACUUUGGAGUACGUAAGAAGAAACUAAAGAUGGCUUCUACAAGUACGUCGAAACCAACAGUAAAACCCAAACUGGCAGCAGCAAAAACAGAAGGAAUGGCAACAAAUACCAUUACUACAAAGCCAACAGAUCACCAUGUCUGUUCAUCUUGUGGCAAAACGUUCAAACGGAAGGCAACGCUCGUCGAACAUGAGAAAUUUGUGUAUCAGGGGAAAAAAGGCUCUUUUCAAGUUGUGGACAGUGGUUUCGGAAACCGAGUUACUUCAAAAGACAUCAGUGUAGUGUUCAUGGGCGGGAGAAGAUUUAUUCGUGUGAAAAUUGUGGAAAGACUUUCGCCAUUAAAGCAGAUUUGA